AUGUCUGCUACCAUUCAAGAAGAUGUCUGCAGUCAUGUGAAAGUAGUCAUCCGUGUCCGCCCAGAGAGUCAAAAAGAGAGAGAUGGCAACUUCAGCAAAGUGAUCCAGGUUGUUGAUAAGCAUAUAUUGGUCUUUGAUCCCAAAGUGGAGGAAGUCAGUUUUUUUCAUGGAAAGAAACUUCCCUACCGUGAUAUUACCAAAAGGCAAAACAAGGAUCUGAAGUUUGUGUUUGAUGCUGUAUUUGAUGAAAAUUCUUCACAGCUGGAAGUAUAUGAAGAUACUACUAAACUUGUGUUGGAUGGCUUUUUAAAUGGAUAUAAUUGCACAGUGCUUGCAUAUGGUGCAACUGGAGCAGGCAAGACUCAUACAAUGCUGGGCACCUCGGAGGAUCCUGGGGUGAUGUACCUGACCAUGAUGGAGCUUUACAAUGCCAUUGAUCGGAUGAAAGAGGAGAAGCAUUGUGCUAUUGCAGUUUCAUACCUUGAGGUCUACAAUGAACAGAUACGUGACUUACUAGUAAGUUCAGGACCACUGGCUGUUCGAGAAGAUCCUCAGAAAGGAGUACUGGUUCAUGGGUUAACACUACAUCAGCCCAAAUCUGCAGACGAAAUCUUGCAAAUGUUGGAUUAUGGAAACAAAAACAGAACACAACAUCCCACUGAUGUGAAUGCCUCCUCAUCCCGGUCCCAUGCUGUCUUUCAGAUUUAUUUAAGGCAACAAGAUAAGACUGCAAGUAUCAAUCAAAAUGUCCGAAUUGCCAAAAUGUGUCUCAUUGACCUGGCAGGAUCGGAGCGUGUAAGCACAACAAAGGCUAAAGGAGCUCGCUUCAGAGAGGGAGCAAAUAUUAAUCGCUCUCUGCUAGCUCUUGGCAAUGUCAUUAAUGCCCUGGCAGACCCAAAGAGUAAGAAACAGCAUAUUCCUUAUCGGAACAGCAAGCUUACUCGUUUAUUGAAGGAUUCUCUGGGAGGAAAUUGCCGUACUAUAAUUAUAGCUGCCAUUAGUCCUUCUUCUCUCUUCUACGAUGACACAUAUAACACACUUAAAUAUGCCAACCGAGCCAAGGACAUAAAAUCUUCUCUGAAGAGCAACGUUGUGAGUCUGGACAGCCAUAUAAGUCAAUAUGUUAAGAUUUGUGAAGAACAAAAGAAAGAGAUCCUAAUGCUGAAAGAGAAAUUGAGAGUCUAUGAGUCAGAAAAAUUGUCUGUUCCCAGCAAUCCCGACACAGCUGUGCUUACAAAGGAACAACAGGUGGAGAUACCAAGGUUUAGAGAAAUUUUGAAGUGUGUGUUCGCAAAUCGAGAGGAAAUCAGGAAAGAGUUUCUCAAGCUGGAACUACAACUUAAGGAAAACGUGCUGAAAACCCAUUAUCAAAAACAUUGCCAUGAACAAAUUGAAAGGAUGUGCUCUCCAGACAGACUGGAAAAGGCAACAGGCAAACAUGAGCACCGGCUUGCUUUACUUAAAACCCGCCGUUUACAUAUGGAGAAGAAAAAAGAGGAAGAGAUGAAAUGCUUUGAGGACAACACGAAUUGGUUGCAUCGGUUAGAAAACGAAAUGCGUCUCCUGGGUCAAAAUGGCUGUAUUCCUCAGGAGCUCAGCAGAGAGCUGCAGUGCUGUCAUUUGAAGUUAGAAGUUAAGGACCUGAAAACUCAGAUUGAAUACAUGAGGACUUUAGCAUCCCUGCAAGAGCAGCAAAAGAAGCAGACAGAAAAGAUACUAAGUGCUCUGCUUCCUGUUCUACGGAAACAGUAUACCACUUUGAAAAUUGCAGGGUUAGCAAAUGGUGCCAUUGAGGAUGACUUCAAGGAGUUUGAACAGCUGAUUCACAGAGAGAAGGCUGUAGUUUGGGCUGACCAGAUGGUUGAAGAAGAAUCAAAACAAAGCGAUGAACCGAUAAUGUCUGCUGUCAUGGCAUUUCCACAACUUGUGAGCUAUCGGAAUACUCCUUGCCGAGUGUUAUCUGACAAAGUCAAGACACGUGCGCAAGGCGAGGCAGAAUGUAUACUUCCUCCGAACAAAAGGACAAGGCGAAAAUUGAUGGAGUCUCCCCUGACAGCACAGAGUCCUAAAAAUUCUGUUCAGUCAACCCCUAAUCACCUGAUGGAUUCUCUCAGUAAAGGACUCCAUCCCAUUGUCUAUACGCCAGAGGUUUGCAGAAAGCAGGUGGAGCACCUGUGUCCAAGGACUGUGGUAAAGCAAGUACUGAAUACAGCAAGACUUGAGGACAAGAACAGUUGCACUGUGCCAGUUCAGCUGCCAUUAAAGCAGGACAGCCCUGGGGACGCCACCUGUACCAUGACUCCUGCACGCGACGUGAACUCGACUGUUAUUCUUUACGAAAGUAACACGGACCGCACAGAGUGCCCUUCCGAUGCAUCUGAAAACAAACUGCAGUCAACCAGCAGCAGCAGCAGCAGCGUUUUACAAAGACUUGGUCUUCCUUCAUUGCUAAACAGGCAGCCAGGGUCCAUACAUGAGAAGCCAUCCUAUAUGGCCAUGACAUCUGCAGCUGAGAGGAAACGGAAGUUGUUAAGUUCAGGAUCAAGCAGUGGGUCAUCAAGUCAGCAAGGUCACAUGGACGCAAAACGUAUUAAGCAAGAUACCAUUUUAAGCAAUAAACCUCUAAGAAUACCUAAAACCACAGGAAUUAGAACAAGAAGCUGGAAGCAACAUGAUGGGCUAAGAAAACAUCUCAAAAGUAAUUUCAAGGAAAAUGCAGUAACAGGCAUGAAACCAAGAGUAUCCAAAAAAACAUUUUGAAUUGUAUAUCUAAGCUGACACUCACUAUGGUUUGUACAUAUUUUUAUUUAUCAGCAGGGGAGGAGAAAUAGAUGAACUUUCCAUCUGCCCUUUCUUUGUCUUACUUCUUUCUUAUUCACUGUGGCACUCUACU